CCCGCUCCUCUCCACUGAACUCCAACCCCGCGCGCUCUAUCAGCAUCUCAUUCCUGUCUCAAUAUGUCUCAAGAUGGCGGCCAAUGCAGGAUCGAUGUUUCAAUAUUGGAAGCGCUUUGACUUGCAACAACUACAGAAAGAACUCGAUGCCACCGCCACACAGCUCGCCAACAGACAGGACGAGAGUGAACAGUCCAGAAAGAAGCUCAUCGACCUGAGCCGCGAGUUCAAGAAGAACACACCAGAGGACUUCCGUAAACAAGUUGCUCCUUUGCUCAAGAGCUUCCAAGGAGAGAUCGAUGCCCUGAGCAAGAGAAGUAAAGAAGCAGAGGCCGCCUUCUUAAAUGUGUACAAGAAAAUAAUUGAUGUCCCAGAUCCCGUACCUGUGCUGGAGCUGGCUCAGCAGCUACAGCUGAAGCUCCAGAGGAUGCACGACAUUGAGACGGAGAACACCAAACUUCGAGAGACAUUGGAGGACUACAAUAAAGAGUUUGCGGAUGUCAAAAACCAAGAGGUGACCAUUAAGGCCCUGAAAGAGAAGAUCCGCGAGUACGAACAGUCCCUGAAGAAUCAAGCAGAGAACCUGGCACAAGAAACGCAGCUCCAGCUUCAAAACGACUAUGCAGAGAAGGAGAGGAAACUCCAGGAGAGCCAAGAUUCCAUGUCGUCACGGUUGGAAGAGGCCGAGCACAAAGCCCAGUCCCUCCACACAGCACUUGAAACAACUCAGGCCGAGCUCUUUGAUUUGAAGACGAAAUAUGACGAGGAAUCCUCAGCAAAGGCCGACGAGAUCGAGAUGGUGAUGACAGACCUUGAAAGAGCCAAUCAGCGAGCUGAAGCAGCGCAAAGAGAAGCUGAGUCACUGCGGGAGCAGCUGUCCUUGAGUAACCAAUCCCAGCGAGCCGCCAGCCCGACCAAGGCCGACCCCGACACGGAACAGGCAGCAGAGGUGGCAUCCCACUCAAGUCUGGAGGCGGAGCUCAGGGCCAAAGAAAGGGAAACCGCACAGCUGGUGGAGGACGUCCAGAGACUGCAGGCCAGCCUGACCAAACUCCGAGAGACCACCAGCACCCAGAUCACACAGCUGGAGCAGCAGCUUAGCAGCAAGACAGCCGUUCUCAAGGAACUGGAGGAGAAGCUUCAGAAGCAAGCGGACUACGAGGAGGUGAAGAAGGAGUUGGGUAUUCUGAAGUCAGUGGAGUUUGGAACAUCCGACUCCGUGCAGGAUUCAUCCAAACCUCUGGAGGUGCUGUUACUGGAGAGGAACCGUAGUCUUCAGUCUGAGAGUGCCGCACUACGCAUAGCCAACUCUGAGCUCAGUGGGUCAGCCGGGCGGAAAGGGACAGAAGAGAAGACAUCCAAGGAGGAAACCAGCAACCCUUCUUCUUCGCCACCUCCUCCCCCUCCUUCUCUUCCUUCCUCCUUGCAGCCACCCCUAUCUCGCGCUCAUACAAUCGCCCUCAACACUGCCGCCACUACCACCAGCAGCGGGGAAACGCACCCGUUCACUCCAACUGGCAUUGGACAGGACUUCUACUCUCCCGUUUUCCCGCUGGUGGGCGGUAAAAUGGCUUUGAACUCCUUGAUCCAGCGGCAGCUGCUCCAGACCUUCUACUCCAAAGCGUUGCAGGAGUCUUCUGGGAUUCCCAGUGGGGCUUUACUGUUCACCCCCUUCACUCCAACCCUCAGCUCCAUCCCGACCUCCACCCCCGGCUCCGGCUCUGCUGCCAUCCCUCUGGCAGCCAGCAGCCCUCAGCCACCCCCGGCCAGCCCUGACAUGGGUCCUGUUAACGGGAGCAGCACCGCCGGCAGCGCCCCCUCGCCGUCACCGAGCCACUCUGACGCCACCACAGGGAGUGUUUUGGACGGGGAGGAUAUGGACACAGCAGAGAUUGCCCGGCAGGUGAAAGAGCAGCUGAUCAAGCACAACAUUGGGCAGCGUGUGUUUGGCCACUACGUGCUGGGACUCUCCCAGGGUUCAGUCAGCGAGAUCCUUGCCAGACCAAAGCCCUGGAACAAACUCACCAUCCGGGGGAAGGAGCCCUUCCACAAGAUGAGGCAGUUUCUGGCCGAUGAGCAGAACAUCCUUGCUCUGCGCAGCAUCCAGGGACGGCAAAGAGAGGGCUCAGGCCAGCCCCAGCUUAGCCGAAUGUUUCAGGACGUUCCGAAGCGGAGAACCCACUCCAAUACAGCUUCACACACAGGGAACAUCACUGCUCGUAUCCGCACUCCAGAUGCCGGUUCAGACGAGGCCAUCAAGUCCAUUCUGGAGCAGGCCAAAAGAGAGCUCCAGGUGCAGAAAGCCGAUUUGUCCCACAUGCAACCCUCGUACGCAGGCCUCAAAGGAGGAGGUGGAAGCAGCAUAGGAGGCGGCAGUGGGUCAGAUGAGGCCAUUCGCUCCAUCCUAGAGCAAGCUCGCAGAGAGAUGGAGGCCCAGCAGGCUGCGUUGGAGCCCAUCCUCAAAGCCUCAUCUUCCUCAUCCUCCCUAGGGUCGUUGUCUCAGAGAGACUUCAUGAGCUCACCGCUCACUGCUCCCCUCCCCCCUUACAAUCCUCUUGCGCUCUCCCUCAAGAAGCCUACCAGCUCCCUGUUGUCCUCCCCGUCCUCCCCGUCCCCGGUGUUGGACUUCAGCUCCAGUGUAAAGAAGGAAGCUCGGUCUUCUCUGGGGAUCGACGCGUCAAUGGAUGGAGCUCUAAGGCAGAGUCGGAGCUCCGAGGGGUCAGCACGCUCAGGAAGCGGUGCUGGAGGAGUGGGUUACUGGAGAGAGCAGUGGUGGAGCAGCAUGCACACGGACCACCGCAGGCCCGGAGCAGAAGAAGAGAACCACAACCAAGAGGACUCCAAAGAGGGAAUACUGAGUGACAGUCUGUCUCGAAACAAGCCGUGGAACAAACUGAACCAGAGGAACCGGGAGCCAUACCUGCGCAUGCAGCCGUGGCUCAAUGGAGACCAGGGGCAAAACGCACACAUCCAGCAAGCUCAGAACCAAGAGGGUACUCCCAAGACAUCAGCAAGCUGCAGCCCUGCUCCAGAGUCACCUCUCAGUUCAGCUGAAGAGUCUGUCAAUGGUCUCGCGGGAGAUCUGCUUACAUCGCAGUCGUCUGGUCUCAAGCCCACCUCUGAAGAUCCUACAUGUGGAGACUCUCAGCCCGGCACCCCGCUGCCUAUACCGGGCCACUCGGGUCUAAGCAUUCAGGAGAUGGUCGCAAUGUCUCCUGAACUCGAUACGUACGCUAUUACCAAGAAGGUGAAGGAGGUGCUGACUGACAAUAACCUUGGUCAGCGUCUGUUUGGGGAGACUAUCCUGGGUCUGACGCAAGGUUCCGUCUCAGACCUGCUGGCCAGACCCAAACCCUGGCACAAGCUCAGCCUGAAGGGUAGGGAGCCAUUUGUCCGCAUGCAGCUCUGGCUCCAGGACCCGCACAGUGUGGAGAAACUCAUGGACAUGAAACGACUCGAGAAGAAAGCCUACAUGAAGAGGAGGCUGAGCUCUUUGAGUGAUGGCCAUUCUGUGGAUGUGGGCUUCGUGGGGCCGGACUACACGCAGGGCUCUCAGAGUCCGGGGCAGCAGCAUCUGAAGAAACCCAGGGUUGUGCUGGGACCCGAGGAGAAGGAGGCCCUGAAAAGGGCGUACCAACAGAAACCAUAUCCCUCCCCUAAGACCAUUGAGGAGCUGGCCUCCCAGCUCAACCUGAAGACUAGUACUGUCAUUAACUGGUUCCAUAAUUAUAGUGUCUGUUGUAGGUCACGUAUCAGACGAGAACUCUUCAUUGAGGAGAUCCAAGCAGCAGGAGGAAUGGGGCCUGGCAGUGAGGGGGGCUCCCCUUCCCUCCGUGGGUCUAAAGCAGGAGAAGGAGACAGCUGUGACGGGACAGAAUCCGAGGGCACCGUGGAGACGCGCCAGGGAUUCAGCGUGGGCCUGGAGGAUCACAGGGGAGUGUGCAAAGACCACGACAUGGAGGCUGAGUCCGAAGCAGGGGGCUCUAAUAAUUCCCCUGCCCAAAUAGACUGCGUCCCCCCAGGGUCUAGUUGCGGCCCAGGCGGAUUAGGCCUCUUCAGCCUCACGGAGGCGUCCCCCAGUAGCUCCGCAUCGAGUACUAAUAUACCGGCCUCUGGCCCGGCCAGGAAUCCCAGGGACAACAAUCUGCGGAAGAAGAAAGCGGCCAACCUCAAUAACAUCAUUCACAGGCUGGAGAAGGCUGCCAGUAAAGAGGACCCCUCGGAGUGGGAGUUCUAGCCCCCCUCCUGACCAUCCUUCGCCCCUCUUGUCUCAUAACCUCACAACCUCUAACUUGGACCCCUCCUGCUCUGUUCCAGUCGGAGAGUGGACGCAGCCAAAGUCAAGCUCAGCAGCCAUUUUUACUACACAGAAGCUUUCCCAAAAAAAGAGGAAAGAAACAAAGUGUGGUUGGCAAAACCCUUCAACAAGAAGAUUUACUGAUUACUUAGAAGAACAAAAUAAGAGAACUUAAGUGUCUCUCCUUUUUUUUAAACGGAGUUUUGUUUUUGUACUGAGAAAAGCACUUAGCCGUCCUGCUGGCCUCUGGCCCUGCUGUACCUCCCCCCCAUCACCAGCCACUGGUGCACCAGACUGGUUAGUCCCGAGCUGGGGUCUGACCCACAGCCGGGCGCAAAACCUGGACUGGGUAAGACAGCAGCUGUCCCAGUGAUAGACACUGCUAGAUGAUAGAUAGAGACAGGAACUCUCUUACAAGAACUCUCACUUUUUUGAAAGGAGAUGUUUUUUCCCGCUCUUCUUCUCACCUCCCAAGUGUCCACAAACCUCCCCUCACUCAGUGAGACGCCUCAUUUUUCACACUGUAGAGUGACUGUUACAAACCCUUUGCCUUUUUCACUCAUUGCGCGUGCGCGUGUUGUUGUUUUUUUUUUUUUGUAUGUUUAGGGGUCGUGUCAGUGUGCACCCGUGUGAGUGUGUGUGUGUGCACACCACAAACGGUGUGUGUGUGUGUUAGUAUGUGUGUGUGUUGUCUCGGUGGCAGCACGUCUGCGUCACUCCUACACUCUUAAGAGGGUCAUGCCAGGCCUGAGCUGCCAUGGUUACCGAUGUACGAACUUUGACCUGUCGUGUUCUCUAUCCUAUCCUGCUGACAGCCAUGUGAUGGCCAGAAGGAUCACUUCAUUUCUCACACACACACACACACACACACACACAAACCCACACACACACUCGUCUGGAAAGGAAGGAGAGAAGGAACCCCCUUUUUUUGCCUCCUUAGGUCCUCCUUGAAGGACAAAAGGCCAUCUCUCCUUUAUUUCUUCAUAUUGCAAUUUGGUUGCCAAUAAGAGAUUGCACAGUCUUUUGACUCUAAAGAAAACAAAAUAGGGAAUUUUUAGGAUGCAUUUUAAUUAGUACAAAAUAAGCAGAAAAGAGAAUAACAAGUUACUGUUUUUUGUUUUGUUUUUGAAGCAAAUUAGGUUGGAAUAAUGUUGCAUUGUCACAAACUAAUGAAUUCACGUAGUACUGUAGCUGGUGAUACUUAACUCUUGUUUUCUAGGUCGUCACAGUUUGACCCAGCACUGGAUCUGCUCGGGUGCGUGUGUAUGUUUUGUGUGUGUGUGUGUGUGUGUGUGUUUGUGUGUGUGUGUGCGCACCACCAGCUAAUUUCCUGUUCACAAACACAUCUUUUUAUAGGCCAAAUCAGGAAGAGCGUGUGCGUAUGUGUGAUGGUGCGUCUCAUGUGUAUAUUUUCCUGCAUGUAAGUCAGGGUCAAGGUCAAUUCACUCAGAGUUUCAAUUUACAAAAGUUCUAAAGAAGCAUAACGAAGCUCCUGGUUUUUGCAAUGUACAGUAUUUGAUUCCUUUUUUGUUAUUUGGAAAGUCAGUUCACUCCAACCCCGGGGUGAGUAUUUCCACUUUUCUCCAGUCUUUCCUGUAUCCAGGGAGUCUUUUUACAUUAAAUUCUACUGUAUACACUACAAUUUUUAAGGCAUAUCACCUCCUCCUACUUUUCCUGGUCCCACACAAGCCCUCAGUGCCUGUCAGCCCACUGCCUCCCCUUUGUGUGUGUGUGUGUGUGUGUGUGUGUGUGUGUGUGUGUGUGUGUGUGUGUGUGUGUGUGUGUGUGUGUGUGUGUGUGUGUGUGUGUCUGUGUGUGUGUGUGUGUGUGUGUGUGUGUGCACUUGUUUCCAAUGAGUGUGGGGGGGUUCACAUUUCUACUUGCACACACUACUAGUGCACAACUGACACCCUUCUUUUAAAGAUGCGUUACCAUUAAUCUUCUCACCACCUAGUAUAAUACAAUGAUUUACUGUAGCUUGGUUUUAUUGCUAUUAUUUUGUUGUUGUUGUUGUUGUUGCAUUUAUAGUUUUGGUUUUUAUUCUGCUUAUUUAUAGGUGCUGUCAUUUUUCAUUUAAUGUCUUAUCAUUUGAGUUGUCUAUUUUUUAAGGGAUUAUACUGUUCCUGAGGGCAAGUAACAUUUUUAUUAGACGUUAUAGACUGCCGGCAGUAUUGGUUAAUAUUUACAAAGAUGUACUAGUUCUCAUUUGUUUGUAUAUUCAUGAAUUCUUAAGAAAACAAGUUGUAGUUUCAUUUCAGUAGCUCUUAAAUAAUGCGUUUGCAACACCUCACGCCCACCCCAGAGCUUUUUGCGUUAUUUUCCAUGACAGUUAUGCUCUCAAAUUGCUAGCUCAAGAAUGAACAAACAUAUCAAGAUCAGUGAUGAUUGAUAGCAUAUCUAUUUCCCCGCUGAUCAUUUCUCCUCGUCUUGUGUCAGCUCUGACACGAAUGCUCUUUUUCCCCCCCAUCAUCCCCUCCUUAAUCACAUCAUCGAUGAUCAGGUCCGGGUGUAAGCUCGUUGUCACAAGAAAUGAACCCAUGCUGCAAAGAGGUCAUAUCUGCCAAAUUGAGAUUAGACAAGUUGUACCAGCUAGCAACCUGCGAUUAUUAAGAAUUCUAUUCUCUAGCAGUCGGUAUAGCCAAGCACUUAUUAGGACAGGGUCUGUACAACACUACACCAGAGUACCGUCCCAGGCUCCUGGGAAAUGGAGGCCUUUUAUUUGUCAGCGUGGUUGUAAAUCAAGCACAGACUCCCGACACUAAAACAGAAAACAAACGCGAUGGACUGCGUCCUUUUCAGACAGAACGGAAACACAUCCCACGUCGUUACAAUUACUAACCACUUGAUUGGGGUUCUAAACAGAAUUCUCUUCUCACACUAUAUGGACUCAAGUAUUGGAACAUGGCUGUUGUAACAGAUACGAUGUGUGGAAGGAUUUUUGAGGUCCUCCCAAAUGUGUUUAAUAGCGUUGAGGUCAGGGCUCUUGUUCUUCCUCACCUGUCAGGUUCAAACACCGAACUAUCUAUUACACAAGACAAUAAGCAAGGAAUCAAGUAGAGACAGAGUCCAAUUUAGCUCAUGAGGAGAAACGUCUGGGGCUGCACACUCAGUUACAGUCUCACACCAGGCUCUGAGGGGCAGUCCCACGUGCUCCUCUAUUUAUUCGGGAGUUCCCUAGUGAGGCUGCCUCUAAAGGGAGUGGUCACACAUAUUACGCAGGCAGUCCCAGUAUCACAAUACUUGAUUACUUAGAAUGCAAAUGUACCUGAGCUCGAGAUUUCGCCCUGGCUCUGCUUUGUCUGCGUGUUGUCGUCUUAUCUUUGUUGAGGUACUUGAAGUCCGUAGCGGGCUGGAAGACAGAAACUGCUGCUGCGAGGCAACUUGCAGUGGAAGAUAAGUUGUGUGCCUUUGCACAGGUAGAAAAGUACAACUUGACCACAAUAGAUAAUUAUAGCAACGGCCUUUAAGCAUAAGAGUUGUGUGAUAACUUAUACAUAAUUAUUCUAACAUCACCACAGGUCUCAAUUGUUGUCACAGCUGAUGAAUAAGAGAUCAGAAAUGGGCAUUGUAAUUAACCAAUGAAUUUGGCAAAGUGAAGUGCAGUACUUGAGUGCAACCAGCAGAGGCACUGUUGAUUAGCAAACACAGUGGUACCUCGAUUUUCGUUAUUAAUCCGUGCAAAAAUAUUCAACAAGGACUGAAUCAUAUGGGAAAGUAUUUUUCACAUAAAUAAUGCAAAUCUAAUUAAUCCAGCCCAAAAAUAUCAAAACAAAGUAGAUUAUACAAAGACACAGUUUAACAUGCAGACAAGUACAUAUAAAUGUAAAGUGAAAUGGAUAAAUUAACAUUUAACAUAACUUUUACGUUGGAUAGAUCAACUUUAUUAAUUCUCUAAAAAAGAGGACAUUUGUUUGCUUUAACAUAAAAACAAAAAACAUACACACACAUGUAAAAAUAUUUCUAAAAAGUAGUUACAAGAAACAAAUCAGUGCAUGAUUUUUCUUAAUUAAAGACUUGUUAGCGAUAAUUGGCAAGGAAGGAGGGAGGGGAUAAACAACCAGACUUCAUUACCACUUCUGUCUCAAAUUAAAUCGUGUUUUUCACCUUCUUUAUCAAAGUUCUGGCACUCACAACUUUUUUUUGGCUCCUUUAGUUGUACUUUGUGGCAGCAAAACAGACCAUUCACAUUCAGGUUUUUGGAACUAUUUGUUGUUGUCAUUCACACAUUUACAUCAAUAAUGAAAAUGAAAUUAAGUUGCAUUUCAUUCAGACAAAACUAAAUUAAAUGGAUAAGAACGCCAUAAAGUAAAUAAACCUAUUUUAAAAUUGAGUUGAAAAGUUUUGUUAUUAAAAAUCUAUGAUGCUAUAAAUAGUGUAACAGGGAAUAGACUAUUGCAUUUAAAAUGUACUUCCUCUGUGUUAAUACUAGAGGUAGGAAUCUUUGGGCACCUCACGAUUAGAUUUGAUGGCCUUUCGACACCAUUCUCCUAAAAUACUUGCUAUAUAUGAAUUGUAAUAAAACCUUUUUAAAAUGGGUUACAGGUUGCAAAAGGCCUAAAAAAACUAUUUUUAAAAAUGUAUUAUGAAAAUGUUUUUUUUUUUACAAAAACCACUGAACGUUAAUCUUUGUCAUAAAAUGAAAUAGAGCAACCAAUCACAUUUUUACGAUGCUCAGGAUCGAAAUUAGCAAAGCAAUUUAAGUCAAACCCAAAAAUCCAUUAUCAAUGAAAAUAAUCAUAUCAAUAAUAGUUGUUUAAUGGUUUAAUCCCAAAAUUGAUUUAAAAAAGAAAAAUACGUGUUUUUUUGUUUGUUUUUUUAAUCGAUUCUCGAAAAUUAUGAAUACAUUUAGAAUCGGCAUAAACAACAAUCGCUAUUUGGAUGCGAAUCGAUUUUUUUGUAGAACCCCUCUUGAAUACUAUAAAAAAAACCAUAAAGUAAUCAGUGGUAAAAACAAACACUAGUGCAAUGUUGGUCUAAUAUUAACACUUUGUACCGUGUUUUCAUUAUGUGCAUUUAUUAAGUUUAGUAGCCUGAUGGCAAUUGGAUAAAAACUUUCACGGAUCCUUAGUUUGGUAGACGCCCUGUUCGGCCGUAUGAAUACCAAGGCAAACUUUAGCCGGACACCAAAUUAUGCGAAGAGUCGGUCUUUCAAAACCAACGUACCACUGGACUGUACUGACCCGAAUACAAGACAACUCUGCAAUUACAAUUUUUUAAUGAAAACAAGAUACAGCACCUAGUAAAUUGCAAUUACAAAUACAUUUCAAUUAGCAUCUGAACUCGCUGACAAACUUCAUGGCUGCCUUCCCAGGUCACUGGUGGGAGUGACGAGAAGAAAAGCUCUGACUCCCUGGGGGGAGAAGUGCCUAAAUAUAAAAUUACCUUUUCUAUUUGACAUUAACUUUCCACCAGGCAAAGUCGUAAUGUCAGUCAUCUUAUUUGCAUUCUAAAAAAAAAAAAAUACAUAUGUACAGUACAGGCCAAAAGUUUGGACACACCUUCUGCUCAUUCAAUGUGUUUUCUUUAUUUUCAUGACUAUUUACAUUGUAGAUUGUCACAUCAAAACGAUGAAUGAACACAUGAAAUAAAUGAAAACAUGUUGUAUAUUCUAGAUUCUUCAAAAUAGCCACCCUUUGCUUGCUCUGAUUACUGCUUUGCACACUCUUGGCAUUCGAGACCUCUGGGAACUCCUUCAAGACUGUUGGAAAACGAUUUCAGGUGACUACCUCUUGAAGCCCGUAGAGAGAAUGCCAAGAGUGUGCAAAGCAGUAAUCAGAGCAAAAGGUGGCUAUUUUGAAGAAACUAGAAUAUAAAACAUGUUAUUUCACCUUUUUUUGUUAAGUACAUAACUCCACAUGUGUUCAUUCAUAGUUUUGAUGUGACAAUCUACAAUGUAAAUAGUCAUGAAAGUAAAAAUUGAAUGAGGUGUGUCCAAACUUUUGGCCUGUACUGUAUAUGGAAACAGGAGUUUAGAACAUUCAGAAAGUUUUCAUUAAUGAAUAAUUGUUGCCCAUCCCUAGAGGAGAACAACCCCUAAUUAUUGCACCAAUCAGGAGAGGUGUCCCAGUACUUGUGUCCAUAUAGUGCAUGCUGUUGUGUCGGUCGUCCCUUCCUGCGGACGACAGGUGUCAAACAUCCGAAGGCCAGUAGUGGACGACAUCGGCACGUUUUAUAGCUACUGCAACAUUGUACGAAGCACUUAAACCAUUUGAGCAGUCGCCUUGUCCCCCGCCAUCCUAAAACCACAUCAGAUUUGUGCCUUUAACUGCCAAGCAGGGCACCAAACUUGCGAUAUCAAAGUCUGAUCCACAUGGAGUCCCCUCAACCACCCCCAACCCGUCGUCUCUCCCGGAGAGGGUGUGUGUGUGUGUGUGUGUGUGUGUGUGUGUGUGUGUGUGUGUGUGUGUGUGUGUGUACGUGUACUCGCUGAAAAAAGUAGAUGAUGUGUGUUCUUAACGAUUGACCCACUCGGGCUUUGGUGGGCCCCCCAGACGGUCCCCUGGAAGCAUGACUACGUUGUACAUAUCUAGCAGAGUGGAGGAGGAAGCACGCAGCAAACACUGUAAUAACACUGAAUUUAUUCAUAGGGCAUUUUUCUUUGUUUUCCGUCUGUUCCGUGUCAGGUUUGCUGUGGCGUCACUGCAGGUAUUGAGAUGACGUGUGCCAACUGUUUGGAGAAGAGGAAAAAAUAAAGUAAAAUAAAAGUGUAAAUAGGAGUCGGGCAAAGCAGCUCCGGAGUCACUUAGUGUCACAGUUUGCUUUUAUUUGAAGGCAGGACGAGAGAAGGGACGAUUCAGGACUUUUUCCAUGAUCCACAGAUAUUUUUCUACAAAUUUAAAGAUCAAGAUGAUUCUAUACACUGUUGUAAAGGUGUAACAGAUGCUGUAUAUCAUUUUUUUUUUCUGAAGUCGUAAAGCUUUACUGUAUGAUCUGUUUUUGAAGUAGUGCUUAUUCAUGAGUUGUUUUGUUCGUUGUGUUUGAAGCCUGGACAGCAGCACUGGUCACCCUAUUCAGGAAAAACCUUUAAAAAAGAAGAAAGAAAAACCUCAGAUGUUUUUUUUUUUUUUUUUUGUAAUAUUAAUAAUACUUUUAGAAUAUAUCUAAUGAAGUGGGUUUUGUAAAGAAUGACAGCAGUGCUGUAUGCAUAGCACACACGUUCAUACACACCUAACACAGCACAAUACACUCAUCCUUUCAAUGCUCGCCUCUUCCUUUUUCCAUUUCUUUUUCAAUCUUAUGGAAUUGUUUCCCCCCCCUUUCUGGAAUGCUCAACAUUUCAGUGGAGAAAAAAAAAAAAAAAAAGGAAGCAAAAAGCCAAAUAGUGAUGUAGUCGUCCACAUUUUGUCGUCUCCCUCCUGUAGCUUCAACCACAGUGUAGACUGACAACCAAAAUGUCCCGGGGAGGAGAGAGAGAGCUCCUUUCCUCCCUCCUCUCCAACGUUGGAAAGCUUUAAGAUGCUUGUUGAGGCUUUAGCACGUGUUUUUGUUUUGUUUUGAAGUCCAUUUGAUCCUGUCAUCAACCACGCGGAACACUUCUGCUUAGUUGAAAUGUGUGUGUGUGCGUGUGUGUGUUGUUGACAAAAAAAAGGAUGCAUGACUGUAAAAGGGACACUUCAUUCUCUCCCUCGCCCUCCUCACAUCUCUCAGCACUUCCGUCACACACGAGAUGCUGUUUUUUCUCAUGUUUUCAUGUAUCAUCGCUUUCUUUAUAUCUUUCUAUUUACUAAACGUAACAUGUUGUUUGUUCUCAGCACUGUAAAACAGUCCCUUCUGCAAACAUUGAAAAGCAAUAUCACUGUAUGAAACCUUCACAAUGUAUUUGUUAUGAUUGACAUUUGAUUCAUCAUCAUUAUUAUUCACAUGCACCCUAGGUGUGAUAAUUGAAGUAAAUCUCUUUUAUACAAA